AAGGCGUCAGUAAAAAAGCAAACUCGCUCCCGUGCGGCUCCUGCGGCCGCACCGGGGCGCCCAGAUCCAGCCGCCGGGGGACCUCCCCUGCCUCCCCACCUCCCCUCGCCGCCGCCGGAGGUCGUCGCCGGGCAAAUCCCGGUGGCGACGGCGGCGGCGGGGCUGUUUCUGUGGCGCGGUAGCUGCGGGCGUGGAGGGGGCUCGGCUGCGAGCUUCGGCGGCGGGGUCGCGUCUUGGCGUGCCGGGGGUGCGCGGUCCUGCAGGGGCCGCUCAAGGUGUGAGACGAUGCAGGCGAGGUGGCGGACGAGGAGCUGGACGCGACGGUGCUGACUGGUGGUGGUUGCGGUCUGCAGAGCUGGGCGGCGACGGAUCUGGGAGUUCUUUGCCCAGAUUUGGCACUGGUGGUGCUCGGGGCUGUGAAUCGGGGCAGAGGCCCAGCUAGGCAUGUUCACGGAUGCGCGUUAGGAGGUACGUGGACGCCGGGGCGGCGGCCCCGGGAUGGCGGCAAUGGCAUGGAGCUCGUCGUGGCUUGAGGUGCUACGUUCAGGUUCGUGCAGUGGUGGUGGUUGGCGGCAGCUGGUGGUGGAGGUGUGUUCUCCAGUGAUCCCGACGCCAUCCGGUGCUCUGGAUCCGCAAGUUCUGUUAUAUGGCGAGGAGCUCCGGCGAAAGCACUGCCUUGACCAAGGUCAGGCCGACGACGGCGGCGCUACUGGCGUCGUCUACCUUCUUGGAGGCGUCGUUGUGGAGCUCCGUCGACAUCAUGACUGAUUUGGCUCUCCGGAUGAAAAUGUUUGCCUCGGUAUUCCGAAGCGGGCGGCGGCGGCGUCUACGAUCGUGACCUCCUUGGAGGCGUUGUUUGGGAGAGACUGUCGCGAGCGAUCUCUUCACCACCAAGGUUAGUGGAUGUUGGGGCAGCGGCCCCGAAUUUGUGCGUCGAGACGGCGGUCUCGAAAACCAAUGCGGUGCCAACUCCAUGAGGUAGGGUUGCUGCUCAGCAUGGCUUGGGUGGCGAUCUUGAGCGGCGAGGGCGGCAGGGUCGUCGGCUCGGUCGACGCGUUCAAGAGUGGACGGUUGGACGAUAUGUCGGGGCAGCGGCCCCGGAAGUGGUGCGACGGCUGUGGUCUGCGGGCAGUCACCCUGUGCAGCGUGGGUUGCGGGUGGCUGCGUCGUGCGGCGUUGUAGCUCAAGGGUGAGCGGUGGUAUGUCGGGGCAGCGGCCCCGGAAGUGGUGCGACGGCCGUGGUCUGCGGGCAGUCACCCUGUGCAGCGUGGGUUGCGGGUGGCUGCAUCGUGCAACGUUGUAGCUCGAGGGUGAGCGGUGGUAUGUCGGGGCAGCGGCCCCGGAAGGUGGUGUCGGUGGACCGCACAGGGUGCAACGGAGCGGUGGAUGUCGGGGCGGCGGCUCCGAGACUGUUUUUCCUUGAAGAAGAGACCUAACGAACGGGCCUUAGUGGCGGCCAUUGAUAUCUUCUUGCAGGUUCCCAUUACGAGAGGAGUUCGCGGACAACCUCGAGCACCCAGAUCCGGUUCCCCUGGUCUUGUUACCAAACAGCGGAGCCGGCCUUGCCGUUCCUGCGGACUCAAAUACUGGGUCUGUUUGCGCUCAACAGCUCGGCGGCGAUGGGAAUGAUAUGGCAGGAGUUGGAGUCCGCCGUCGUGCGGAUGCAUCACCGGCGAGGUUGACUCAGUCUACUGACAGAGUCAAUCCAGAGGUACCUGGGAGGACAAAAAGGUUAUGGCUGGGCAGUGAGCCACCAGAUGACGAUGGACUCUAAAGUCAUGGGCUAUAGAGUUGAUUGGCUAAAGAAGUUCAUGUUCCCGGUGCAUUUCAUGGAUUGCUGGUCAUUAUAUAUCUUGGAUACCGAUAAGAAGAUUGUGAUGGUGCUUGACCCAAUGGAGACAAAUCUGUCGGAUGAGAUGAAAAUCAAGCAUGGGCCUCUAGCAAGGAAGUUUCAGCAGAAGUUAUGCACCCUAUUCAGUGACAUGUUCGGAGCCGGUUUGGUUGAGACCACUGGAUGGUCGUUUGUGUACCCUUUGGUGGCGCAGCACGAGCCAUGCAGUAGGGAAGACAGUGGCGUAUAUGUUGCUCACUACGUCCUGGAGUUCACCGGUCUAUACCUUAGAUCAACUAUAACCCAGGGUCAGAUCGAGCACCUGCGCAAGAAGAUUGCAUACGAGAUAGUGAUCAUGAAGGGAAACUAGGGAGAUAUCCCGGAGUUCCUGUACGAGGAGAUCAUUGACUGACGAGAAAGACAUUAGCAAUUCCAGUUUGCAUGCAGCCCAGCAAUAUCUUUUGGCUAUGCGUGUACUCAUCGUUAGAUGGGCACGUUUAAGUUCUAGUGUCAUUUCGCAUUAGAAAACCCUACGAGCAUUGUGCAUCUGAAAAGCUAUGGGCAUGGGAUGUAUCCUAAUGGAGAUCUAAUUAGAGUAAUUUGAACUAUGUAGUAAGUGUUAGAGAUUAUGUGAACAGAUGACUGAUCUGUCUGAAUUUAAAUACAGUAUGCUGCAACUACUUGUGGUUAUUUGAUUCA